ACAGCUUCUAUCCAUUCAAACUACAUAACCACAGAAAGCAAAGUCAAACACAGGGUGGUUUAGUUAUGGAAAACAGAGAAAACAUCGUGGCUUGUAGGAACCCAACUGCUGGUGACGACGAGGAAGCGACGUGGUCUCAUGCAUGGGGCCUCAUCUCGGGCUUCGCCGUCUCCCUGACCCUGAAAACGGCAGUGGAGCUCGGCCUCAUUGACGCACUCACCAACGCCGCCGGCCGCGCGAUGACGGUGGACGACCUUGCCGCGCAACUCCCGGCACCGAACAAGGCCCAGGCAGCAGCCUCGGUGGACCGGCUUCUCCGGCUCCUCGCCGCCUUCGACGUCGUGCGUUGCUCGACGGAGACGGGUCCUGACGGUGAGGCGGUCCGGAAGUACACUCCCGCGCCGGUGUGCCGGUGGCUCACCAGCAACCACAGCGAUGGGUCGCUGGCCCCCUUGGCCUUAUUCGCCGUCGACCAGGACUACUUGCCGACCUGGAAUCAACUGGGUGCGGCAGUGGUGGGCGGCGUUCCACCGCCGUUCGAGAGGGCGCACGGGGUGCCGCUGUUUCAGUACAUGGGGAAGAACCCACGGCUAAGCGGGGUGUUCAACCAGGCCAUGUUCCACAUGUCAGUCAAGGUCAUCAGCAAGAUGGUCGAGCGCUUCGACGGCUUCGACGGAGUCGGCGUCCUCGUCGACGUCGGCGGGGGGACGGGCGCCGCCCUGGAGAUGAUCACCUCCCGCCACAAGCAUAUAAGGGGCAUCAACUUUGACUUGCCGUACGUCAUCUCGCAGGCGCCGUCUCUCCCAGGUGUGGAAAAUAUAGGUGGUAAUAUGUUUGAGAGUAUACCCACUGGAGAUGCAAUUUUUUUGAAGUGGAUACUCCAUCUACAGAAUGAUGAUGCUUGCAUCAAGAUCCUCAAGAACUGCCACCGUGCUCUUCCAGCCAGCGGUAAGGUGAUCGUCGUGGAAAUCGUCCUGCCGGCCACCACGGAGGCGACUCGUGAGGCGCAGGAUAUGUUCCUUCUAGACGUCAUCAUGUUCAACAACCUUGAGGGUGGAAAGGAGAGGACUGAGCAGGAUUUUGUAAACAUGGCUAGGCUCUCUGGGUUCGAUGGUGCCUUCCGUUCCACCUACAUCUUCGGUAACUUCUGGGCCCUCGAGUUCAACAAGUAGCUGCCAUGGUCAUGCAGACUGCAGCAACUCCGAUAUGGAUAUAUCUACGCCAUGCCUGAAUCGUUGUUUCUAUUAAUCUCUUCUCCUGUAUGUAUUACUUCGACUGUAUCCUUGUUUACAUUAAUGUUGUAUAAGCUGGGCAACAGUACCUAUUUGUAUUCGCGCAAUAUGAUGUGAACUUAUUUGUAUUCUCCUCGGCGUGAGGAAGGACGUUAUAAUAUUUAUGCUUCCUCCUACAA